AUGCAGCGUGUGUCCGUUCUACUCAGGCCGGUGCUGCGGGCGACGGCGCCUGCUCGAAGGCCUCGUCUCUACCAGUCCGAGUUCUGCCACAGACCGUUCGGCACCUCACGUCCAUGGCUUGCUGUUGACCAGCGCCGAGUUGCAGGAAAGCUCCAGAUUGUCACAAUCGACGAUAAGCUCGCACAGUUCAACCUUGACGAAAAGAUCGAUACCCGCCAAGUCCGCGUCAAGACUGCCGACGGCAAGAUCUCGCCUCCGGUCGACCUGCGGCGGGUGCUGGGUUCUAUUGACCGGACGACAAGCCACGUUCUACAGCUCAGCAAACCAGGCGAACAUGACUAUGCCAUAGUACAGGUGGUCGAGCGGGCGGACCUUAUCAAACAGAUCAAAGACAAGGAGGCCGCACAACGUCGAGUGCAGCAUGCGCAGAAAGACAAGAAACCAAAGCAGAUCGAACUGAACUGGGCCAUCAGCCCCAAUGACUUGCAACUCAAGUUAAGACAGAUGGAGGAUUUCCUACGGAAAGGCAAGAAGGUGGAAAUUCUGCUCGCAUCCAAGCGCCGUCAGAGAAAAGCCUCGCAAGAAGAGGCAGAAACCCUCUUGAAGACGCUCAAGGAGAAGAUUCAGGAACUCGGCGCCGUUGAGGUUACACCCAUGGAGGGCGGUCUGCUCAGACAAGCGAAACUCACGGUCAAGAUGCCUUGA